UGGUACAUUAACUCCCCACUCAACCCCUAGUCCCCCACCGGCAUCCCUUUCUCUCAUUGCCCGUUUGGGGAAAACGUAAACGUAUAGGACCUCAACGUCGGUUGGCGAACUUCAACCAACAGGGGUGCACUCUGCGCACCCUUAAUUUCUCUCUCUAAAACCCUAACUAACCACAUUUUCCCUCUCUAACUCUCUAACACCGCAAUGCCAAUGCCAAGAGGGCUCUGCCUUCUCCUCCUCCUGUCCUCCUUCUCCUUUUCUUCUGCUGAUCCGAUACCUGGUGGAGAUUCAGAAAAUGGCGUCGUUGUCGUCGGUGUCAAUGCUGCUGCUGAAUUGAAUGCGUCUGCCAUUGCGAGAUCUGAGGAAGGUAGUUUCGCCAACAUGAUUGAUCGAGCUCUGGAAAAAGAGUUCAAUGAGACCGAAGAGCAGCCCGGUGCAAUAGAUCACGGGAGCUUCAACAAUAGCGUCUCGGAGCAGGAGGCAGUUCUGGAAACCGUUGCUAGGGUUGGUAGGGUCAAGUUUAAGAAGAACGAGACAAAUGAGGAAAAGUCAUUCCAGUUGCAGAGUGUUUUCAACCUGGAUAAUGACAAUGGAGCAGAAGAUACGCCUACAUUGAUAGAUCGAAAGGAUAAUGUUUUUAUCAUGUCUAAUCCGAAGUCAAAGUUUCCAGUGCUGCAGCUAGAUUUAAGAUUGAUAUCUGAUUUGGUUGUUGUCAUUGUUUCUGCAACUUGUGGUGGCAUUGCCUUCGCUUGUGCUGGACAACCGGUUAUCACUGGAUAUUUGCUGGCAGGAUCAAUUAUUGGACCUGGUGGUUUUAACAUUAUCAGUGAAAUGGUGCAGGUUGAAACAGUUGCUCAAUUUGGUGUUAUCUUUCUUCUUUUUGCGUUGGGCUUAGAGUUUUCCACUGCAAAGCUUCGCAUUGUUCGUGCUGUUGCAGUGUUAGGAGGGUCACUUCAGAUAAUUCUCUUCAUGUGUUUAUGUGGAAUAACAGCCUCGUUAUGCGGUGGGAAAGCAUCUGAGGGUGUUUUUGUGGGUGUCUUCUUGUCAAUGUCUUCAACAGCAGUGGUGUUGAAAUUUUUGAUGGAAAGGAAUAGUGUUAACACUCUCUAUGGGCAAGUCACAGUUGGAACCCUUAUUCUGCAGGAUUGUACAGUCGGUUUGCUAUUUGCACUGCUUCCUAUUCUGGGUGGUACUUCUGGUGUUUUUCAAGGAAUGGCUUCCAUGGCAAAAGUAUUGGUGAUUUUGUUGAUGUUCUUGACCAUUUUGUCGAUACUAUGCCGCAGUUGCGUUCCUUGGUUUCUUAGAUUGAUGAUAGGCCUAUCAUCACAGACUAAUGAAUUGUACCAACUUGCAUCCGUGGCUUUCUGCUUGCUUGUUGCUGGGUGUAGUGAUAAGCUGGGCUUAAGUCUUGAACUGGGUUCUUUUGCUGCUGGAGUGAUGAUAUCAACUACUGAUCUGGGUCAGCAUACUCUUGAACAGGUUGAACCAAUCCGGAACUUCUUUGCUGCUCUUUUUCUAUCCAGCAUUGGCAUGCUUAUCCAUGUUCAUUUUCUCUGGAAUCAUAUCGAUAUUUUACUGGCAGCUGUUAUAUUGGUCGUCAUUAUAAAAACUAUUGUGGUUGCCGCAGUAGUCAAGGGUUUCGGUUACACCAAUAAAGCUGCACUUCUUGUUGGAAUGUCUCUGGCUCAAAUAGGGGAGUUUGCAUUUGUUCUUCUCAGUCGCGCUUCAAAUGUUCAUCUAAUUGAGGGUAAAGUGUAUAUGCUGCUUCUGGGCACAACUGCACUUAGCCUGGUUACAACACCGUUGCUUUUCAAGCUAAUUCCUGCUGUUGUGCACCUUGGUGUUCUACUGAGAUGGUUUUCCCCUGAUAUACCAAAUGAGAUUGGAUCUAAAGGAGAUAUCAUGCGUGCAGACAGUUCUAAGCGUAUUACUGUGCUGAUCCAAGGCCCUCAUGAUUCAUGAUAAUAAAUAGAAACAUGAACCAGUAAAGCGAUUCUCACACUUACCUGAUGGCAUUCUUAUGCUGGGGGACAGGUGCCCAAGAGUGCAAAGGCUGUUGACUGAUUGGACAAUUUAUCAUCAUGAAGCUCCUUUUAUGCGCCAAUCGGAUGGUUUUCUUUGAUAUAUUGGAAACUGGUCGCCAUAUGCAGAGCGUGUAUAGAUCUAUCUGCAAACAAUAUUCUGGCACUUGUUUCCUGGUACGGUGUUACUCCCCAAUGGACUACUCUGUACAACCUCGUCAUUUGUAAUGCAAUUGUUUAUAUUCCUUAAUCUCUAGUUUGAUUUUGUGAAAUUGGUGUCUUAAUCAGGUUUCUUAAAAUUUCAAGUUGAUAAGUGUAAAUAGCUGAUAUACAUGCUAUUAGAGUGUUAGCAAUGAAGUCAUGCAUUUUAUUGUAUACCACUGAUCCUAUGACCUCCAUUUGUUUCUCAAAUUCAUUGAUUUUCUGCAAGUCUCUUUUUUUUC